AUGAAGGCAACCACCUGGCUCGUCGCCCUUGUGGCUACUGCAAUUGCUGUUCCCGUGGCCCAGCCGAUCACCGAGCCAGCUCUGGAUGCCGACGCCAUUCAGGACAUCGAACGCCGCCAGUCGGUUGGCACGACUUCCAACGAGUUCAAGAAUGGUGGCUGCCGAGAUAUCAUCUGGUUCUUCGCCCGCGGCAGCACUGAAGUCGGCAACAUGGGCGCCGUCGUCGGCCCGCCCACCGGCCAGCGCCUCAAGCAGAUCUUCGGCUCCGCCCGCGUCGCCGUUCAAGGCAUCGACUACCCAGCCCUUCUCUCCACCAAUUUCCUUCCCGGUGGCGCUGACCUCGGCGGAAUCGCCGAGAUGCGUAGUCUCCUAACCCAAGCAGCGAGCCAAUGCCCCGGCUCCUCUAUCCUCGCAGGUGGCUACUCUCAGGGCGCCGCACUGGUCCACCGUGCUAUCGAGAAUCUGCCACAGAGCGUCAAAGACGCGAUUGAUGGCGUGGUGACGUUUGGGGAUACGCAGAACCUGCAGGAUCUUGGACGCAUUCCGAAUUUUCCGAGGGAGAAGCUCAAGGUCUUUUGCAAUGUGGGUGAUUUGGUUUGCGUGGGCACGCUUACGAUCACGGCGGCGCAUUUGACCUAUGGGAGUGAUGCGAAUGCUGCGGCGGACUUUUUGGCGACACGGGCCAGAGCUGGCGGUGCUUGA